CUGGAGCAGCUGGGAAGUGGAGAGAGGUAACAGCUAUUAUACACUAUUAAAUUAAGACACCUCAAGUAAUGCUGGGAAGUUCCAUUACAAACCGUCGUCAACAUGUUGGACUGCAGAAGCUCUCAGCGCUGGCAGGUAUCACACAUUCCUCUUUGGGCCCCAAUAAAAAGUACAAGUUUAUCCAAGAUGACACGAGUGGGGAGUCAGCCCUCGUGUGCUCGUGUUUCCGCAUCUUUGAGAACCUGGAGCUGACCUGCGCUGUGGGUCAGCUGGUUUACGAGACAAUCCAAGCCCACCAGAAGGUCUAUCAUUCAGGUUCGGGAUGCCUGUUAUUUCUCGCUGGAGCGUGGAGCCGUGCUGCUCUGGAGUGCCUCCAGAGAGGAAUUUCAGUAGCGCAUAUCAUCUCGGCUAUGUCUGAAGGGAUGGAUAUAUGCUUGGAUGUCUGCAGGAAAUGCAGCAUCUCAACUGAGGUUCAAUCAGAGAGCUGCACCGUCACAUCUCGGGUUUUAGGACUUCAGCUGUCAAAGAAGGCCAUUGUGGAGGCUUCACAGGCAUCGUGCCGCCCUCAAGGGACCACAGAAGUUGGUCACAAGACUCUUAACAGCAGUGGACAAAGGAAAAUAAAGCUCAGCAGACAUUUUUAUGACACUGAGUCUGAAAAUCUCUCCACAGUGUCGCAACCUCAUCAGCCCAAGCUUUCUGACAUUGCCGAGGGAUUGAGUCACGGUUAUCCCGAUGCGAUGAAUUUAGUACUUGAAGCCAGUCGAAUACAGUCAAAGAAUAAUCAAGAUAUCAGCUGCACCAUGUUUGAUGUUUCUAAAGUGGUGACAUGUGUGCUGCCUGGUUUACCAGAGCAGCACGCGUGUGUUUUACCGGGCUGCGUUGUUCUCUUAUCUGCUGAACAGGCUGCAGUUGCACAUCAUUUAAAAGAAAAAAGCUUGAAGGUAGCUCUAAUUAAUGGAGAUUUAUCACAUACCUAUCGCCAUCUUGGCUUUAAAAGGCUAACAGGUGUACAGCGUGUGAGCGACCAGCCUGAUAUUUCAAACUCAAGCAAAGAAGAAAAGUGGAUGAAAACGAUUGUAACACUUCUAGUGAACCUGGAAGUGAACCUGAUACUAGUCAGUGGGCUUGUCAGUGAGACAGUGAUUCAGCGCUGUUGUAGACAUCAUAUACUUGUGGUGGAAAAGACGAAGGUGUCUGUUUUGAGGGAAUUCGCUAAUGCAACAGGAGCUGUUCCUGUGACUUACGCCACACAGCUGAGUGACCACUGUGUCGGCACCGGUGUGAAGGUUACCAUAUGGCGGGACUUUAGCUACCGUGACAGGAAGCCCUUGAUAACUGUGAAUAUUUCCUCUGGUGAGAAAAGCGAGUUGGUCACAGUAAUCCUCACAAGCUGUGUGCAUGGCAAGCUGCAGGACCUGGAGGAUCAGUUUUGGGCAUGUGCUUAUCGUGUGCACCACAUGCUGAAAGACAAAGCCGUCCUGCCUGGUGCCGGAGUGACAGAAACACUUUGUGUUCAUCACCUUCAGAAGCAAGCGGAGCACCACGUCAAGCAUCACAGAGAGAGAAAUGUCCAACACACCAAAGCAGGAGCAGCAGCUAACCCUCACAGGGGUGUCGUGCUGCAGCUCAUGGCAGAUGGUUUAAUAGAUUACAUAUCCACUGUAAUGGUUAACACCGGGGCGUUUUCAAAAGUCACAGUCAGGACCGCAGUGAGCCAACAACUGCAGGACUGGAACAGAAAUGGAGGCAUUGCUGCAAAGUUCUCACAACUUUUAUUGGACCGUGAACAAGAGGAUGCUGGAGUUUCCUCAACUAUGACCUCCAGUGAAGCACCGGCAGUAAAGAUCUACGAUAAUCUGAGUGUGAAGCAGGAAGCAUGGAGGAAAGCCUUAGACCUGCUUUUCCUGGUGGCACAGACUGAUGCAGAGGUCAUCACAGGCAUUGAGCCAAAUAGUGAUGAUGCACAGGAAAAUCUGAUGCUGUUAUAACUAAAGCUGUAAUGAUUUAUCAAUUAGUUGACAACUAUUAACCCUUUGGAACCUGAGCAAAUUGAAUUGAUUUCUUUCUAUAAAAAAACAAAACAAAAGGGC